AUGAGAACCACAACACCUUGGGGAAGACGAAACUCUACAAUUCUGCACAUUUCCGUUAUUGCAUUGGCAGUGUCGCAUCAUGGAUCCUUCGCUUGGGUUUCUUCUCCAUCACUUCAGACUAACACUAUCGGGAGAGCGAUACCUUUUACAAGUAACAGGGACAGUUGUCAAUUCAAACAGAACUCUCGUUUGUACCAAUCCAGCCGUGGACGUGAUGAAGACAUGUAUUCCGCUGUCCACCGCAAGGAAUACGAAAUGAAGGCUCUGAAUGCCCAACACAAAUCCACAACAGAUCCAGUCCGAAUGGCGCUGGGUUAUGCCCAAGAAUCCAGUUCGGAAAUGAAACUGGCCAAAGCUUUAAGAAGGGUCUAUGAUGAUAAAUACAAUCCCGCCAAUCCUGACGCCGAAAAAGAACCGGAGGACGCCACUGAACGCAAACAAAAAUUGGAAGAGAUGGGCAUGGCGGAGAUGUCCAUGAGACGCGCCUCCUUCAUUGUGGACAUCAAACGUAAAUCCCUCAGUCGACCAGGAGAAACCUUUUGUAGAUUUGACAGUGCUGGUUUGGUGGCUGAAGCCAUGGUCCGACUAGGCGCUGAUGUCGUAAUGGUAAACGUUGACUACCACUCGUAUGGUGGGGACAUUUCCGAAUUGAGAAUGGCAGUAGAAGCCGUUCGCAAAGCCAGCAAGACGGCAGCUGUAGUCAUGAAGGACAUUGUGGUCGAUGAAAUUCAAUUGGGAUUGGCAAAAGAUGCUGGAGCCGAUGGUAUUUUGUUGAUUGCUUCAGUCUUGGGUCCGGCCCUGGACAACUUUUUGGAUUUGGCCACUACCAUUGGAUUGGAAACCAUUGUGGAAUGCCACACACGAAAUGAAGUUCAACGAGCCAUCGAUGCCUUGGCUCCUAAUAUUAUGGUUUCCAACUACGACCGUGUCUCCCAGCGGUACUACGAUGAUCAAGCGAUCAAGUUGGCAGGAAUGUUCCCAGGAUCGGGAGGACCCAUUAUUACUAUUGCCGGUGGCAACAUUGACGAUCCUGAAGCAAUGAAAAAACACUUGGCGGUAGGAUACGAUGCCGUGGUUGUAGGCAAGGCUGUUAUGGGAAGUACCCGAGCACCUGAAUUCAUUCGAGUGGUCCGGGAUCGCACCUUGUUGCCGACGGAACUAUCGCAAUGGGGAUUGGAAGGAGUCGAAUUUGACACGGACGGUCAACCCAUGCCAGGUCCAAAGGCAGCCAUGCCUCAUCCAGAAAAUAAUGAAUAG